AUUGCAAGUAGAUGAUGCGGCUGAGCGGCCGGCACGGACUGAAUGCAUAGGCUAACUGGCGCAUCUUAGCUUUUCUCUUGCCUUGUCUAGUUUCUUGCCAAAUAGCUGUUUAAUGUCGAAAAGUAACCGGAGCGGUGUAGAAACUGAUUAGCAGUAACGGCAGAAGAAAAGCGAAGCAGCAACUGAGAGGAGUUGGGCAUCAAAUUGCACCGGAUGUUAUUACACGCUCUUAAAUAUCGAGAACUAUAAUCAGGACCAAAGGCAGAGCCAUGGAGGUUGUAACACAUUUUGUAAAUGACACUGUAGAAUUUUACAAAUGGGGCCUUACUAUAGCAGACAAGAGGGUGGAGAGCUGGCCGAUGAUGUCAUCUCCCAUCCCCACUCUGGCCAUCAGCUGCCUGUACCUGCUCUUCCUUUGGGCGGGGCCUAGAUACAUGCAGGACCGCCAGCCCUAUAUACUCAGGAAGACCCUCAUAGUCUACAACUUCAGCAUGGUGGUCCUCAACUUUUACAUCGCCAAAGAGCUCCUACUAGCCUCUAGUGCAGCCGGGUACAGCUACCUCUGUCAGCCUGUCAACUACUCCAACGAUGUCAACGAAGUCAGGAUAGCAUCUGCUCUCUGGUGGUACUACAUCUCCAAAGGAGUGGAAUUCCUGGACACAGUGUUUUUCAUCCUGAGGAAGAAGUUCACCCAGGUCAGCUUCCUCCACGUCUACCAUCACUGCACCAUGUUCAUCCUCUGGUGGAUCGGUAUCAAAUGGGUUCCCGGUGGACAAUCAUUUUUUGGUGCAACCAUCAACUCUUCCAUCCACGUCCUCAUGUAUGGUUACUACGGCCUGGCAGCUUUGGGACCUCAGAUGCAGAAGUACCUCUGGUGGAAGAAAUACCUCACCAUUAUCCAGAUGAUCCAGUUCCAUGUGACCAUCGGCCAUGCUGGACACUCCCUCUACACAGGCUGUCCAUUCCCCGCCUGGAUGCAGUGGGCUCUGAUUGGCUACGCCGUCACCUUCAUCAUCCUCUUCGCCAACUUCUACUACCACGCGUACCGGCGCAAACCUUCCUCUGCGCAGAAGGGAGGCAAGCCCGUGGCAAACGGCACCUCUAUGGUAACUAACGGUCAUAGCAAAGUGGAAGACGUGGAGGAUAACGGAAAGAGGCAAAAGAAAGGAAGAGCGAAAAGAGAGUAAAGAAUGGAAAAGGGUGUGCUUGGCGGUUAAAAGGAAGAGGACAGUUGUUUGAAGGGCCAGAGAAGGAGAGAGGGUUAGGGAAGAGAUACACAGAAACCAGACUGGCUUCAUCAUCCCUGCAAAUAAUUUAGAAGGAGGUGAUUUGGGACCAAUUUGGAAAGGUGAAAGGGUAGAAGUGUGUGUUUUUGUCUGUAAGGGAUUUUGGGAGGAAGCGAGAGGUGUUGUUUUUUUUUUUUGUUAAUCAAGAAAAGCAAGAUGCAGAUCAUGUAGGCUCCGCGCUCUUCUGUCCAACUGUGUUUUGGACCUGAACAGGGCCUAAAUCUUUAAGGACCUACAAACUGCUCAGCAUCCACUAACUAAUCAACCAAAAUUCACCUCCAACUUUUGUACUAAGGAUUCCAGUAUUGUUUCAACGGAAAGCUUAAAUAGUCUUUAAUAUGCUAAUUUAUUUUAUAGUGUUGUAAAAGAGUUUUCAUGAAUUACUAUUACCAACAUAAAAACAUGCAGAUGUUAAUACCAAAGCUUUUUGUUUCUCAGUUCGGAGGGGGAGAGAUUUUGUUUACAAAUACUUAGAGUUGAGCAAAGUUAGUGAAUGAAAAAAAUCAUUCUCACAACCGCCAUCUACUGUAUUUUAACUACUUUUCAUCCAUCUACAACAUCUACCAAGCCAACAUGUUAUGGACUUGACGUUUCUCUGCCGUCUCAAACUGAUAUAACUGUGCUGCAUUUACAGAAUGACAUGCUAUUUUCUUUGUGUUCAUUGUGACUAAAUUGUACAAAAGACUUUGGAGGAUGGGGGCUUUAGUUUCUUCUAGUAUUCAUGCAAAUGUGUGGGUAUCUUUGUUAUAAUAUUUUUUGUGGGUCCUUCUGAUUUAUUUCCUUUUGCUGUGCAAUGUAGCCGAGGUGCAAAGGUAAGAGAUUUGAAAUUCAGCUCAAUAUUGUCUCACUACCAUGUAGGACUGAAGGGAAACUUCUCCUAAAAAGAGCUUUUUUUUUAAGAAAACAAAUGGUUAUUUCAUUGUCUUAUUAAAAAUGAAAGCAACACAGCU